CCCGGGCCGACUCCCGAGCGCAAGCGGGCGGCCGGGCAGUGGUGCGGCGCGGGCUGGUGGGAAGCGUAUUCUGGGCACGGGGCGCCGGAUCAGGCCGGCAGUGCUGGGCAGCAGUAGUGGGAGGCCGCCUAAGGCCUCGCGCGGCGCCGCCCGUCGAGGGGCGGGCGGCGGCUGACCGACCGGGCCGUCGAAGGGCUCAGGAGGCCGGUGGGCCGGGCCGGGCCGCGCGGCGCAGCCAUGCCUGGCUUUACAUGCUGCGUGCCGGGCUGCUACAACAACUCGCAUCGGGACAAGGCACUGCACUUCUACACGUUUCCCAAGGACGCUGAGCUGCGGCGCCUCUGGCUCAAGAACGUGUCCCGUGCUGGCGUCAGUGGGUGCUUCUCCACUUUCCAGCCCACCACGGGUCACCGUCUCUGCAGCGUCCACUUCCAAGGCGGCCGCAAGACCUACACGGUGCGUGUCCCCACCAUCUUCCCACUGCGCGGCGUCAACGAGCGCAAAGUGGCACGGAGACCCGCGGGGGCCGCAGCCGCCCGCCGCAGGCAACAGCAGCAACAACAACAGCAGCAACAACAGUCUUCGCCCGCAGCUUCCACUGCCCAGACUGCUCAGCUGCAGCCGAACCUGGUGUCAGCCUCUGCAGCUGUGCUCCUCACCCUUCAGGCCGCAGUAGACAGCAGCCAGGCACCGGGAUCCGUGCCUCCAGCACCCACCACUCCCACUGGAGAAGACGUGAAGCCCAUCGAUCUGACGGUGCAAGUGGAGUUCGCGGCUGCAGAGGGCGCAGCCGCUGCCGCCGCAUCGGAAUUGGAAGCUGCUACCGCUGGGCUGGAGGCUGCCGAGUGCCCUAUGGGCCCCCAGCUGGUGGUAGUGGGGGAAGAGGGCUUCCCUGAUACUGGCUCCGACCACUCAUACUCCUUGUCGUCAGGCACCACGGAGGAGGAGCUCCUGCGGAAGCUGAACGAGCAGCGGGACAUCCUGGCGCUGAUGGAGGUGAAGAUGAAGGAGAUGAAGGGCAGCAUCCGCCACCUUCGUCUCACUGAGGCCAAGCUACGCGAAGAACUCCGCGAGAAGGAUCGGCUUCUGGCCAUGGCUGUUAUUCGCAAGAAGCACGGAAUGUGAAUGGGUCCUCCCUGCGGCUUGCGGGACUCCAUCUGCCCUGUCCGCCUAGGGGGAACUCUGGCCUCUGUGGCUCCCCUGUACUGCUGGGGCACUGGUUGACAGUACUGAAGCUUAGGGCAGCUGGAUUCUUUUGCUGGUGACCUGCACCCUCUUGUUUCUUCUUGAAGCAAAGGUCUAGGACCUCGGACUCUGCACUGGGGACACCAGCAAUUAUGACUUUGUCUACCCCCUUCCCACCUUCAUCUCCAGUUUAUGUUGCAGAUUCUGGUAAAGCAGAGGCUUCAGAUCCUCUGAACUUGAAAUUUCCCCUCUGUGGGAUGCCCAAAGACUAUGGGCUUGGGAGGAUAACACCUUGCAAUUGACCAGCAAUCAGAAACAAACUCUUGUGUGUGUAGUGAUAAGAGAUCCAAGUAACAUCAGUUCUUUUCCUGCUUUUUUCCUUUUUUCCUAGGUGCAGCCUGUGAUUCUGAGGGGACUGACAGGUCUGUGAAUUUGCCACCUAGGACCUCCCUUCCAAGGAGGCCAUCUAAUAAGGGAUAUAGGUGACAUGCUGAUGAAGAUCCAGCUUGCCAGAGACUUAGGUUUAUCCUGUUAUGUUUGCUACUGGUUACAAAUUCUAUUUUCUGUACAACUAGUCAGACUAAAGUUUUCACUGUGUUUGUUUGACAAAACGAAUUAAACAGAAAGUAAGGUUUU